AUGGAGUUUAAAUUGUGUUAUCAGAAUGGAUUACUAUUGAAUAAUAAUAAUAAUAAUAAUAAUAAUAAUAAUAAUAAUAAUAAUAAUAAUAGUAAUAGUAAUAGUAACAAUAAUAAUAAUAAUGGUAGUAGUAAUAGUAAUAGUAAUAAUAAUAAUGAUAAUAAUAAUAGGUCAGACCGUUUCGGUGGUAACCUACUAAUGUUCUAA